CUUCGCUUGGCUUCCAGCAUUUUCGGAGGAAGACGACCCAAGAAAGCCCAGACGUCACCGGUGCGUGGUGCACGGCACGGGAUUCUUGAAAUAGCGGGGGAAGGGUGGUUAUCUGACAGGCCACCCGCCCGCAACCAAGGUAUAAUAUACCUCCUCCCAUAUAUAAAUCGGGCAGCAAUUGAAAGCAACCACCAUCACGCAUGACGAUUUUUUUUUUGCUGUGAGAUUUACACGCACAACCAUUGACUCACUCUUUUAUACAUCCUCUUCUGCGCUCUUUGACGAAUCGCUAGAAGGGAGAGAUUUGUUUAGAGAAAGAACAUUCGCUGUUGCGUUUCUCAGUUUGGGGGACUUAUCGAUUACGUACGGACGGGCUAGGUUGACGACCACGAACGACCCUUUGAGACCCUGACGAAGGGAUAGACAAACGCGCAGGAUCGGAAAUCGAGAAGAUGGUGGCGGAGACGAAGUUGUACUCGGCGCUGGGGAUUAAGCCUGAGGCGACGCAGGAUGAGAUUAAGAAGGCGUAUCGCAAAUCAGCAAUGAAACACCACCCCGACAAAAACCCAAACAACCCCCAAGCCUCGGAGAAAUUCAAAGAAGUCUCCCAAGCCUACGAAAUCCUCUCCGACCCCGAAAAGCGCAAGACCUACGACCAAUACGGUCUCGAGUUCCUUCUCCGCGGCGGUCCUCCACCGCCAGAGCCGGGCGAGGGUCCUCAGUAUGCUGGUGCGGGCGCGGGUGGCAUGCCCGGCGGUUUCGGCGGGAUGGGUGGAAUGCCCGGAGGGGGAGGGGCGAGGACUUUCCAUUUUUCGACUGGGGGAGGCGGAGGGGCGGGAGGUGGCGCAUUCCAUUUUAAUAAUCCGCAGAGUAUUUUUGAGGAGUUUCUGCGACAGAGUGGCGGGGGAGGUAUGGGCGGCGGGGGAGGAGGGAUGGAAGGAAUGGACGACCUCUUCGGUAGUUCCUUCGGCGGCCCCAGCGGCGGGGGCGGCAUGCCACGCACACGCACCAAACCCGGCAGCGGCCCGCAAGCCGCGCGCCGCCAGGCUGUCGAGCCCGAAGUCACGGUCGUCGAGCGACCGUUGCCGAUAUCCCUCGAGGAUCUGUUUAAGGGGACGCAUAAGAAGAUGAAGUUCCAGCAGAAGACGUUUGAUGCGGACGGGAAGAGAACGACGAAGGAUAGGAUUUUGGAGAUGGAUAUUAAGCCCGGGUUGAAGAAGGGGAGUAAGAUUAAGUUUCAGGGGGUGGGGGAUCAGGAGGAGGGGGGGAGGCAGGAUUUGCAUUUUAUUGUUGAGGAGAAAAACCACCCCCUCUUCACCCGCGAAGGCGACGACAUAGUCCUCCCCCUCGAACUCGACCUCAAAGAAGCCCUCACAGGCUGGAAACGCACCGUCACCACCAUCGACGGCAAGAACCUCGUCAUCGACAAAGGCGGCCCGACGCAGCCGGGUAGCAACGAUACGUACCCUGAUCUGGGGAUGCCGAAGAAGGGGGGCGGGAGGGGGAACUUCGUGGUCAGAUAUAAUGUUAAAUUUCCGGGAACGUUGACGGGGGAGCAGAAGAAGAAGUUGAAGGAGAUUUUGUAGGUGUG